AAUGAAUCGGAUGGGAGUUCAGUUUUCUAGAUAGUGAUUCGCAGCGAGUGAAUCGAUUCUGUUUGCGAGGAUCAAAUUGAAAUUCGACCGCCAUGCGUUCUUACGUUGUUCUGUUGACGCUCACCUUUCUGGCGUGUUCAUACGCGGAAGAAUUAUAUCCGGAUAAGUACGAUAACAUCGACGUCGACAAUCUCUUGCACAACGAUCGCUUGCGAGAGCAGUAUUACAACUGUUUCGUAGACAAGGGACCGUGCAUAACGUCCGGCUCGGCAUUCUUUAAAGAAUACUUGCCGGAGGCGGUCGCGACAAAAUGCAAGAAGUGCACCGAAAAGCAGAAAGAGAGUUUCGAUAGAAUCGCUGAAUGGUACGCGGAGAACCAGCCGGAUAAGUGGAACUAUUUCGUGGAAGUCAUGUUGAAGAAAAUGUCAGGGGAGGCGGUAAACAAAAAGUAAACCGAAAACGCUUUCCUUUGGAUCGAUUACAGGAUGACGAAUUUGUAUUAUUCUAUUAACUUUAAGCGGUAUAUGGAUGUACGUAACAAUUGAACAACGUGAUAAUAAAAGAAUUUCAAACCACGCAAA